GGGGGGUGCUAGAAGCCAUCCGGACACGGCCCCAAAGAGAAGCUGCCACCUCAGUAAGAGAACUGGUUUGCACUUGGUAGGUCUACGGCUUGCAGGGCAACAGUGAAUCGCACAGGCAAUGUCUUUUUGGGAAAAUAACAAAGGGUCAAUCAAGUCUGGUGGCUUGGCUGUCCUGAAAGGUGCUGGAAAAGCGACCUCGGCCGUGGGUAAGGCAGGCUACUCAGCGUACAAGAACCACAACAACAAGAAACCAGGCAGUAAACCAGAAGGCGAAGAAGAAGAAGAAGCAGCUGUUGAAUCAAACAGCUACGGAUCCAUGACCUACAGAGAUCCGAAAUCAUUUCCACCUCCUCCUCACCAUGUUGGGGCCGGUGGGCAACCUGGGUACACCGCAGCAGGGGGCCCAGCUGCCGGUUACCAGCCCCAGUAUCCGGGGUACGGUCAGGCACAACAACAGCAACAACAACAACAGAACCCCGCCUACGGCCAACAGCCUCAGCCCUAUGGGCAGUAUGGUCAGCCCGAGUACGGGCAGCAGACUCCAGCUGCCCCAUACGGACAAUCACAUCAACAGCAGCCCCCUCAGCCUGCUGCGGUACCAUACGGACAACCACCGGCGAGCCAAUACGGUCAACCACAGCCAGCGCCAGCAAACCAAUACGCACAACAGCCUCCAGCAAGUUCUUACGGACAGCAACCACCUGGAGGCCAAUAUCCGCCAUCUAACCCGUAUGUGCAACAGCAGCCACUUGCUGCUCCUUAUGGACAAUCAUCAGCAAAUCCGUACGGGCAAUCUUCUGCGACUCCGUAUGGUCAAGCGCCGCCUAUUGCAAACCAUUAUGGACAGCAACCUUCUGCAAGUCAAUACGGUCAACAGCCAGAGCAAACGCAACCGCUGCCUCAGCCCCCGACUCCUCCUUAUGGCCAGCAACCAGCAUCAUCCCCAUAUGGCCAACCGGUAGCACCUGUGUAUGGCCAACCGGAAGCAUCUUUAUUUGGACAACAGCCAGCAGCACCUGCGUAUGAACAACCAACUGCAUCUCCAUAUGGGCAGCCAGUGGCAACGCCUUAUGGACAACAACAGUCACCCCUACCCACUCCAGCGUCUCAGCAGCAACUUCCAACUCAUCAGCAACCUCCAGUAGCUCAGCAAGGUAGUCUUCCAACUCCGCCUGAUGUUUUGAGCUAUACAAACCCAUAUCACUCUCUGCCUCUAGCACAACCGGAAUCAUCAAUGCCUGGCUAUAUUUCUCAGCAGUCAAGCAACAGCGUGAAUGUAGCACCCGGAGCCCCAGCGGCACAGCAAGCAGGAGCAAAUCCAUACCCGGCUCCUCCCGCUCGGACACUUCCGCCUGUUGUAUCGAAUCCAUAUCAACAGCAGAUAGGCCAGAGUGGAGCAAAUGGAAUUAUCCCACCUGCUGCAUACGGGCAACAACAGUCUUCUCCUCCACCACCUCCUGUUAGGGAUGAUCAGUCAUUAUCCUCGGCUUCCAGUUACGGUCAAUAUAAUCAACCGCCAACCGCUGAUGUUUCAUCUCGUAGUUCAUACUACCCUGCACCACCAAGCAGGACAGCUACAUCUGAGCCGCUUCCACCCGCACGAACUAAUACAACCAGUGGUGCUGGCGGGAGAGAUCAAGCCGGAGGAAAGCCAGGCGAAGAAGUCAUUGUCGAACCCCAAUUCAAAACCAACUUAAUGGAUUUUGAUUUGAAAAAAUUUGGUGCCCCACCACCUAGGGCUCGUUUGACGAAAGAGGAAGAGAUAAAGUAUGAAAGAAGAAAGGGGGAUGCAAAUAGAUUAAAACAGAUUAAAGAGCAGUCGUUACAGAAAGCAAGAGGAACGGCAGAGAAAAGUAUAUCGCCUUAUAAUUCAACCUUCCCUACUGCUGCCCCAUCCAAAAGCGGAUCAGUGGAACAGCUGAAUAGCGUGGAAGCUGAGACCUCUUAUGAAGUUGAAGCAGGGUCUCAAAGCUCUUUUACUCAACCUGCUGCUCUUGCAAGACCAGAAGGGCAAACUGAAGAUUCACAACCCGUUCCAUUUCACCUUCCAGAUAUAUCACAAUUCCAACCUCCACCUUUGGCUCAUCGUGUACCAUCUGUCUCUGAUGCGUACUCUUCAAAUUCUGGUCAUACUGCGGUGUUGUCCACUCCCCAACCGGUUAUAGAGAAACAUAAACCUCCAAAACCUCCAAAGAAAUUCCCCCAAGAGGCAAUCUCAAAAGCUGAUUUUCCGAAACCUGUGGCAUCAACUCCAUACACUAGACCUGCCCUGUCACUUCCAGCGGGUACUUCUUUUGAAAAACCAGCCAAAAAGACGCCUCCUCCGAAACCUGCAAAAAUUAGUGAUACACACUCAAACUCAAAGAAAAUGCCCCCACCAAAGCCUGCAAAGCUCGGCAAACCUGCAAAACCAACCAAACCAGCUGAUCUGUCAACACGCUCUACGACAGGGGAGCACAAUGGCGAAGUUGAAAGCUCGGCUAAGGGUAACCAUAUUCGUGAACUACAAGCGAGAUUGGGAAACCUCGGCUUUUAGCAUGCUUAUCUGCAGACAAUUUGAGACUAACUAUUUCCACAAUUUUUUAUACAUUUAUCUAGUACGCUAACAUUGAUUCUGACAAAAGCUAGAACCUGAGAGUAGCUGGUUUUGCUCCAUCAAUCAAGUGAAGUCUGUAUAGCGUCUAGCUAUACUUUUGCUUUGAAAACCCAGCAACUCGCCUGACUAGUAUAUUCAUAUUCCUAAUUUGUAAAUUGUGACUAGUCACAAGUAAUGGAAUGUUGGCAGUUUGGCUUAUUACUGGCGAAAGUCACUUUCAUGAAUCCAGCCACCCAAGCAACAUAUAGGAACAUCAUCGACUAUAUAAAUCAGACAAUCCUUGACCCGUCAGAGUACAUACGAGGGAACAAGACAAUGUAAAAACUGUAGUGAAUUAUCACAGAAGAUAAGAAACCAUUUAACAACAAACCAACCAAUUACUUAACAUGCCACAACAAGUCACUACCAUCAAGAUUGAUCGCUCUGAUAGAACCC